CCCACUCCAUAAAAACCAUUUCACUUGUGAUCACUUUUGCAGGAAUAAUCCCUGGAGCAUUUUAUAAUAUUGAAUGAUGGCAUCUCACACUACCCUUCCAGAAAAAUUUGUCGAGCUACAAAACGCAAAGGUAACACGCCGAAAUUCAAACCCAAAAAUUCAAAGGGUGCCAGAGCAUCUAAGAAACAGAGAAAAUGUUAAGGAGCAUUAUUUACCCAAGUUGGUGUCAAUAGGUCCAAUCCAUCAUGGCAAAGAAAAUCUGAAGUUAGGAGAAAAGUACAAGCUUGUCUGGGCAGCACAAUACAUUGAAAACGCUGGACUCAAUUCAUGGAAUUUAUACAACAAGAUUGUGCUUAAAAUUGAUGAAUUAAAGGGUCUUUUUGCUGAAGAUGUUUUAACUGCUACUGGAGAGUCUCUAAAUGGCUUUGGUAGCCUUGAUGAAAAGUUGUCAUGGAUUUUGUUCCUGGACGGAUGUUCUCUGCUGCAUAUCGUGGCGGAUAAUGUAUAUCUUAAGGAUGAUCAAUUGGUUAUUGUGAUGAUGGAUGUACUAUUGUUGGAGAAUCAAAUUCCUUUGGACGUACUGUAUCUGUUGUGGAAAAAUGAAGACGCAUCGAAGAAUGAAUUGGUAGAUAUCAUGAAGGAUUUCCUCAAAUGUCAUCAAUGGGACAAACCAGCAAAAGCCACUAAAUUGAAAGAUACCUGGAGGUCACGCUUACAAUAUUAUCAAGAUACAAUCAAGAAGUUCAUCACAUCUGGUUUUGCGGUUCAGAAAGAAGAAGAACAUGGUGCAGGGAAUGAGUUUUCGCCUCCGAUUUCGAGACCCACUCAUCUUCUUGAUCUUCAGCGUAGAAUGAUCCUCGAUAUAAAAUUUUGUUGCGAGGUUGAACCUACAUUUAUGGCAUUAGAUGUACGCAAUAUCCGUUUAUAUCGCAACAAGAAUCGAGGUCAGGAAAUUUCAGAGAGAAACGAAAUAUCAGAUGAAAUCACUAAGAUGAUAACGUAUAGGAACAUACAAGAUCUAAGAGCUGUAGGAAUAAAACUUAAGUCAAGUGGGACACGAAGGCUAACAGACAUAGAUUUCUCUGAGGGUUGGUUCACUGCAAAACUGACUCUUCCUGAAAUUGUUGUGGACGACAACACAGCGGCUAGUUUCCUCAACCUGAUAGCGUAUGAGAUGUGUCCUGAUUUUGAGAAUGACUAUGGGAUAUGUUCUUUUGCAGUUUUCAUGGACUCACUCAUCGACCAUCCUGAAGAUGUGAGGGAAUUAAGAUCGAAAGAAAUUUUGCUCAAUUGUCUUGGUAGUGAUGAGGAAGUUGCAGAUCUUUUCAAUAUCAUGAGUAAAAACUUGUUGGCUAACACAAAAAUAUAUUAUGAAGUUAGAGCCAAAAUACAAAAGCAUUACCGCAAUAAAUGCAAGACUUGGAUAGCGUUGGGUAAACAUACCUAUUUCAACAAUCCUUGGGCCUUUAUUGCCUUCCUAGCUGCCUUUAUUAUUGCACUUGCUCUCACUUUUAUUCAAACAUGGUUUGCCAUUAACCCAACUGAAAACAAAUAGGAACACUCUUUUUAAUACUCUAUGAUCUAUGUUGGUUAUGUAUACCAUGUAUAAUAAUUGUCUUCUAGUAAGACAAUACUACUUUAUGAACUAUGUUGAAUUUGUUUAUGAUUUUUCGGGUUACAUUGAUGUGUUCCUAGAGUCUGGCCUACGGCUAUUUCAGCAUGAGUACCUUUAAUUUGUGUGUUCAAGUUUUGUUUGAA